ACGUAGGGCGGGCCUUUCAGCGCGUUGAGCGUUCUUGGUCGAGGCGGACGUCGGGCGGUCUUGCGUGGUGGGCCAAGGCCUACAAGUCGGCUCGAAGCGAUGUCGGGGGCUACGGGAGGUGUGACGGGCUCAGCUCGGAAGCGGCUACUGAAGGAGGAGGACAUGACAAAGGUGGAAUUCGAGACCAGCGAAGAGGUGGACGUCACCCCCACUUUCGACACGAUGGGCCUACGGGAGGACCUGCUGCGCGGUAUCUACGCCUAUGGUUUUGAGAAACCUUCAGCUAUCCAGCAGAGAGCAAUUAAACAGAUUAUUAAAGGAAGAGACGUGAUUGCUCAAUCACAGUCUGGAACAGGCAAAACAGCAACAUUUUCCAUCUCUGUACUACAGUGUCUGGAUAUCCAGGUUCGUGAAACUCAGGCAUUAAUUUUGGCACCUACCAGAGAGUUGGCAGUACAAAUUCAGAAGGGGCUGCUUGCUCUUGGUGAUUACAUGAAUGUCCAAUGUCAUGCAUGUAUUGGUGGGACCAAUGUUGGUGAAGAUAUCAGGAAACUGGAUUAUGGACAACAUGUUGUUGCUGGCACACCUGGUCGUGUAUUUGAUAUGAUUCGUCGCAGAAGUUUAAGGACUCGUGCUAUCAAAAUGUUGGUUUUGGAUGAAGCUGAUGAGAUGCUCAAUAAAGGUUUUAAAGAACAGAUUUAUGAUGUGUAUAGAUACCUUCCUCCAGCCACACAGGUAGUUCUCAUCAGUGCCACUUUGCCACAUGAGAUCUUGGAGAUGACCAACAAAUUUAUGACUGAUCCUAUUCGUAUUCUGGUGAAACGUGAUGAGUUGACUCUUGAAGGAAUCAAACAGUUCUUUGUGGCAGUAGAGAGAGAAGAAUGGAAGUUUGACACGUUAUGCGACUUGUAUGAUACACUCACUAUUACACAAGCAGUCAUCUUCUGUAAUACCAAGAGGAAGGUCGAUUGGCUGACUGAGAAAAUGAGAGAAGCCAACUUCACUGUUUCAUCAAUGCAUGGUGACAUGCCUCAGAAGGAAAGAGAGUCCAUCAUGAAAGAGUUCAGAUCUGGGGCAAGCCGAGUUCUAAUUUCUACAGACGUUUGGGCAAGGGGUUUGGAUGUUCCUCAGGUGUCCCUGAUUAUUAACUAUGAUUUGCCCAACAACAGAGAAUUAUAUAUACACAGGAUUGGUAGAUCAGGCCGCUAUGGUCGCAAAGGUGUUGCAAUCAACUUUGUAAAGAAUGAUGAUAUUCGUAUCCUGCGAGACAUUGAGCAGUACUAUUCUACUCAGAUUGAUGAAAUGCCAAUGAACGUUGCUGAUCUUAUUUGAAGAAACUUGACAAGAGAGAAGGUCCUCUUAGCUGUGAUACAUUAUUAUAACCACACCCAAGAGCUGCUUGGAACUCUUCUUGUUACUGAUGCCAUAACUUCAAAAUGGUUAGGCAUCUCCACAUCUGGUAAUCAGAAUUGGUGAAAAGUAAUAUUGGAAGCAGUGCAAAGCGCUUAGUGGUUUUUAUUUACUUUCAUUGUGUAAUUGCAGAAACCUAGGAAUUGUAAUUGAUGAAAAUUGUAAAGAGGCAUUUCUGUAAAUAAGUUCAUUGUCAUCCUGUUUUCUGCUUUUCCCGAUUAAACAAUUAUGUUUUCAUAUAAA